UUUGGCUCAGCUUCUUGUGAGCCAUGGAGUUAACAAUUCCAAGCACAGUCGCGCCAGGCCUUCGCGGAGCCGCUGGCCUUCGCGGAGCCGCUGGGACGGCACAGAGCUCAAGCGCAUCGCCCAAUGGAUUUGCCCCAAAGCCUACGUUGGCGGCCCUCAGUGUGGGCACUGGAAUCUUCCUGGCUCACAAAAGGAGGCGGGCACCAAUGAAGGCAAGUGGCAAGACGCAGACUAUGGAGAGACCGCUCCUGGACAACAUGAUCACCUCGGGAGUGAAGGCAUUAGAGGCUGCGGAGCUGGGUCGGGUGAAGUCGGCUUCGGAGAAACCCAGUGACGAGAAUGGAAAUUGGGGCGGAGAGCCCCGCAUGAGGCCCCUUGCUCAAGCCAAGCAGUUCAUUGCGGACACGUUGGCUGGGGACUACGACAGAGACAGAAUAUCCAAGCUGAUUGACGACAAGAUCAACUCCAAUAAGAUUAUGAUGUUUUCAUUCUCAACAUGUCCGUUUUGCUUGAGAGCCAAACAAAUCCUGGAAGAAGACUACGGCGAGCAGUUCGAAGUGUACGAAUGUGACCUGGAGUCCGAUGGUUAUGCCGUUCGGGCUGAACUUGGACGGCGCACUGGACGCACUUCGAUGCCUUCCACUUGGCUGGGCUCAACCACCUUGCUAGGGGGCUGCAACGAUGGUGGCCUAGGAGGAGUGGCGACCCUUGACAAGGAUGGUCGUCUUGCAAGUCUGUUAGCAGAGCGGCAAAACACGAUGAGCCCUUUCCCGCCUCUACAGUGGCUUGCCUCCUUUGGUCAAUCUGACCAGCAGCAGACUGUGCAGCGCAAGAAGGCUUUGGUGGCUGCCUGUGAUGAGGCCCCAAAGAAUGGUGUUGGCGCCAGCGAACUUCUUCAGCAAAAGGUGGAAUCUGCUGCCGUAGAUUUGGAGGCUCUUUGUCCAGGGCAACCGGCCAAGACCAAGCUCAGCGGAGUCUGGGACUUGCUGUACUGCACCGCAGAGGGCGGCUCCAACGGCAAAAUUGGUCCUUUGGUGGGUGAUGUCACGCAAACGUUUGUGGAUGAGAAACGCUUCGUCAAUGCUGUUGACUUUGGCCCAUUCCGAGUGGCCCUCCAGGCCGAGAGAGAAAUCGUGGAUGACAAGCAGAUUAGGGUGAAAUUCAAGGAGACCGUGUUCUCCAUCUUCGGGCUUGAGAUCUUCCGAAAGGCGACCAAAGGUGCUGGAGUCUGGACCCAACGCUUUGUUGAUCCUGGACUCCGGGUGAUGAACACACCUUCAUUGUUUGUGCUUCGCAAGCGACGAGCGUAGGAUGUUUUCUGAUGUGAAGAUGCUGAAUUCGCGAGCUCUCAGCUACGUCGGUGCAAAGUAUUUUAAUCCAUCUGCGCCUCUCAAAGCUUUUAUGUUUUCCGCAGAUGGUCAGGGAUGCACCACAGGUGAGGACAAGCGCUCUAGCAUGCAGUAAUUUUCAACAGCUGUGCUGAAGCACCAAAGUGAGCCGCUCCAAACAUCGUGGAGCCUUGCACAUCAUGCUUGUUAUACUGGACACAGCAAGUUUUUCAUGCUGCUCAGCUGCUCACAGCUGUGGAACCUAAACCUGAGCUAGA